AAAAUGAAGUCUUUUCCCGGAAACAUUGCUGAAACCGUGAAAUCCUUCAUCUGCUGCUCGGCAAACUCACCCUGCUCUUUGUACAAACAAUUCUGGAGUCUGAUAGUUCCUUGAUGUUAUCCCCCUGGCUGUUGACUUUUGUCAGCAAGCUGCUAAUAAAAGGCAGGACAGAGGCGACCUCUGCGCAUCAGAAGACCAGAACAUCGACAUCUCCUAACCAGGUGAGCCAGGAACUUUCCUUCAAAGCAUAAUAGUGUGAUAGAAUAUGGAGGGAACAAGUCACACUCCCUUUGAACACAGAGAACCCACCACUGUAGAGCAGUAGGAUUCAGCAGUUGCUGUGUUGAUAUCAGUUUUGGACAAACUUGAAGACCCAAAGGGAGACAAGAGGGUUGUGUGUGCUGUAUCAGUGUAUUUGCAUUGCGGCAAAUAGCAGCUGCGGGUGGGUGAUGUUCCUGGCCGCUGCUGUUGGUGGUAACAAGAAUAACAGUGGUGGUCCUGGUUGGUGGGGUGGGGUGUUACUACUACUAGGUUGAUAUCAGUGCUUCCGACUGGUACUAUUGCACGAUACCCCAACCUUCAAGUGGUGCAAGAUCCCGUGGGUUGCAGGGAAUGAGGCACAGCAGAGACUACGGUGUCUUUAGGAUAUAUGGUUUAUGUACAACCUGAGCCUACAAUGGAGGGAUUCACAGCAUCAGCACCACCGAAGGGGCUUGUUUCUCCCAUAGCUGCAGCCUGGAUUCAAGCAGAAAUCAAACAUUGUGAUCUCGAUCUCUCUCUGCCUUUUCCAGCCAACAACUUUCCCCAGCCUUCUUAUCACACAUCACAGCCAGCUCUCAGCUCUGGCUUUUGUCCUUCUAGCUAGGAGGAGCUGAAGGAGGGUCCCCACCCAUUUGCCUCUGGCAAAGGGCCCCCUCUCCUUUCCUGCAGGUUAUCAGGUAACGCUGCGUCUGGCCCCAGGCUAGGAUCCGCACCUGUGGGCAGAAUAUUCAGAGCAGAAGUCCUUUGGUCUUGCAGUUAUGGCUGUGAUCGUGGAAGAGCGGACAUUCAACGCUGCUCAACUUCAGUCAUGGAAAACUUCGGAUGGUCUCAAAUGCAGGAGCCAGAUUACUGAUUUGGGUUCCCAUUAGAUCUUAUAUAUUGAAAACAGCGGCACUGGUUGCCUGUUCAUUCCCGGACCCAAGUCAAGGUGCUCAUGUUAGCACUCAAAGCCCUAAAUGACUCAGGCCCCAAAUAUCUGAAAGACUGUCUCCUUCCCUGCAGAUGCUCCAGGAGGUGGUGUGGUUAAGAUCAGCGGGGGGGGGGUGUCCUCUUGGUAGUUCCUUCGCCCUCAGAUGCUCAGGGGGGCGGGUGGCCCAAGGAGAGAGGGCUUUCUCUGUGGUGGCCCCUAAGUUGUGGAAGUCCCUGCAAAAGCGCAUCUGGCACCUUCAUCCUACAGCUUUCGGAGGACGCUGAAGACGCACCACUUUGCCCUGGCUUUUGACGCUUAAGGGAUAUAUUAUUAGGACCCACCUUAUUUUUAUGGUUGUAAACUGUUUUUUAAUUGUUUUUAAUAUUGUUUUUAAUGCUGUAACCCACCAUGGGACCUUAGGGUGAAGGGAGGGGAAUGAAUGGAUGGAUGAAUGAAUGAAUGAAUGAAUGAAGGUUGGUGUGGAUGGGCCAUGGAUAGCUCAGUCAGUAGAGCAGGAGACUCUUGAUCUCAGGGUUGUGAGUUCAAGGCCCACGGUGGGCAAAAGAUUCCUCAUUGCAGGGGGUUGGACUAGAUGACCCUCGUGGUCCCUUCCAACUCUACAAUUCUAAAGCAAGUGAUGAAUCGGUGUUGAUUGUGGGGCGCUGGAUUAAGAGAGAUGAAUUGUUCAGUUCUUUGACUAAGACCACUGCUUUUUUUUCUGGGGGGAUGCAUAACCUUAAACAUUUUGUGAAUCUUUGUACUUUUGUCCAUUUAUUGUAUUUCUUUUUCCCAAUUUGAACUAUAAAAUAGUGAUUUUCUUGAGUCAAAAUGAGAGUACCCCUAAACAUUUUUUUUAAUUUUUUUUUGGGGGGAGCACUGAUUAAGGCCCACCAGUUCCUAUGGGUGAGCCACCCCUGUCAUUGACUCACCAGCCCUCUCAUUUUCACCCACAGAAAGAGCCCACCAUGAAGCGAUUUGCUCUCCUCCUUUUACUCUUGGCUGACCUCCCAAAGGGGGACCUGUGUGGUAUGUAUAUGCUGGUGCCGGGGGGGGGGAACUGUGCCAGGAUGUUGUGCUUUUCUUUGGUCUUUUUGGGGGGGGGGCAAGGGGCCUUUCCAUACACAUCUGGCAAAUCUCGGGGCAAACUCUUGGAACCGUUGUGUUGGAAGGGCACCUCCAAAGGACAUCUAGCCGAGCCCCCUGCCAAUGAAGGAGAUGCACACCUGCAGCACCCAGUGAUAAGUACCUAUCCAGCCUCCGCUUAAAAGCCACUAGUGAUUGAAGAGCCUCUCACCUUCCAGGACUCUGUGUUCCACGGCUGAACACCUUGUGCCAUCAGGAAGUUCUCCCUGCUAUUGAGUCAGAAUCCUAUUUCUCGUAAAUCGAAACUCCUGGUUUCAGCCCUCCCCUCCGGAGGAACAUAAAUCAGAUCUGCUCUCUGUGAGGGCCGUUCAGAUGUUUGAAGGCGGUGGUUGUAUCUUAAGAACAUAACAAACAUCUCCUGGGUCAGGCGGCCAACCACCCAUCUAGUCCGGCAUCCUGUUCUCACAGGGGCCAAACAAUUGCCAGUGGGAAGCCCGCAAUCAGGAUCCGAAUGAAAGAGCCCCCUCCCCUCCUGUGGCUUCUAGCAACUGCUAGUAGCCAUUGAUAGUCUCCUCCUCCUCCUCCUCCUCCUCCUCCUCCAUGAAUUUGCCCAAUCCUCUUUAAAAACCAUCCAAGCUGGUGGCCACCACUGCCCCCUGUGGUAGGGAGUUCCAUAGUUUAACUAUGUACUACGUGAAGAAGCCUUUUGUUUCUCCAUCCUGACUCUUCCAAUAUUCCACGUCAUUAGAUGUCCCCCGGGUUCUAGUGUCAGGAGAGCGGGGGGGGGGGGUGUCUCAGCCUUUGGCCUCUUCUCCAGAUUGAACAAAGCUUCUUAAACCGUUUCUCACAGGAUUGGCUUCCCAGGCCCUUGACUGCCCCCAUUUCCAGUUUGUUCAUAUCCCUUCCUGACAACCAGAACUGGAAACAGUAUUCAGGUGAAAUCUGACCAAAGUAGAAUGGAGCAGUACCAGUGCUGUUGGGUUUUUGUUUUUCUUAAAGGGUACUCACGGGUACACAGUACUGGCACCUCUUUUUUGUUGUUAAAAAGUGUGGCACUUACUGUAACAACUUCAUGGUGAGUAAGGUAAAGGUAAAGGGACUCCUGACCGUUAGGUCCAGUCACGGACGACUCUGGGAUUGCGGCGUUCACCUUGCUUUAUUGGCCCAGGGAGCCGGCGUACAGCUUCCGGGUCAUGUGGCCAGCAUGACUAAGCCACUUCUGGUGAGCCAGAGCAGCGCAUGGAAACGCCGUUUACCUUCCCGCCGGAGCGGUACCUAUUUAUCUACUUGCACUUCGUGCUUUCGAACUGCUAGGUGGGCAAGAGCAGGGACCGAGCAACGGGAGCUUCCUCCUGUCGUGGGGAUUCAAAGUGCCAACCUUCUGACCUGUUUUUCCAGGAAAAAAAGUACAGUGGUACCCCGCAAGACGAACGCCUCGCAAGACGGAAAACCCGCUAGACGAAAGGGUUUUCCGUUUUGGAGGCGCUCGCAAAACGAAUUUCCUAUGGGCUUGCUUCGCAAGACGACAGCCCAUAGGAAAUCUCAGGUACAGGGGGGAUGCGCUGCGCGUCUUCCCCAGUGUCCUGGUACCACCUCCGAUGCCUGGGGGCGGGGGGGGGAAACCUCCUCCCGCCGCCGCGGGGAUGGGGAAGGCUCCUCCGAAGCCGGGCGGGGGAGGGAACACCUGCCGCCGCCGCCCGGCUCGGAACGGUGCUCCGGCCGGGCGGGGGAGGGAACACCUGCCGCCGCCGCCCGGCUCGGAACGGUGCUCCGGGCCGGGCGGGGGAGGGAAGACCUCCCGCCUCUGCCCGGCUCGGAACGGUGCUCCGAGCCGGGCGGUGGGGAGGGAAGACCUCCCCGCCGCCCGGCUCGGAACGGUGCUCCGGGCCGGGCGGGGGAGGGAACACCUGCCGCCGCCGCCCGGCUCGGGAACGGUGCUCCGAGCCGGGCGGGGAGGGAAGACCUCCGCCUCUGCCCGGCUCGGAACGGUGCUCCGAGCCGGGCGGUGGGGAGGGAAGACCUCCCCGCCGCCCGGCUCGGAACGGUGCUCCGAGCCGGGCGGGGAGGGAACACCUCCGCCGCCGCCCGGCUCGGAACGGUGCCCGGCCGGGCGGGGGAGGGAAGACCUCCCGCCGCCGCCCGGCUUCGGAACGGUGCUCCGGCCGGGCGGGGGAGGGAAGACCUUCUGAAGGCGGGCGGGAGGGCUUGUCCCGGAGGGCUUUUGAAGGCGGGGAGCAAAGACUUCGCCCCCGCCCGCCUUCAGAAGAGGUCCAGGACCUCUUCUGAAGGCUGGCGGGGGCAAAGUCUUGUCCCCCUGCCUGCCUUCCCAGGGGCUUUGAAUUGCCCCGGACAGCGGAGAAGUCCUCCGCUGUCCCGGGUGAUUUUAAAAUGCCGCCCGCCAGCAUUUUAAGAUCGCCCGGACAGCGGAGAAGUCCUCCGCUGUCCCGGGGUUUUAAAAUGCUGGGGUGGGAAGAAAAGCCCUUGCCUCCCCAGCCUUCAGAAGAGGUCCGGGGACAGACUGUCCCCGGACCUGGUCUGAAGGCGGUUUCCUAGGAACGCAUUAAUUGAUUUUCAAUGCAUUCCUAUGGGAAACCGUGCAUCGCAAGACGAAAAACUCGCAAGACGAAGAGACUUGCGGAACGAAUUAAUUUCGUCUUGCGAGGCACCACUGUACUGACCAUUACUUCUCACAUUCUGGACACUAUACUUCUUUUGAUACAACCCAGAAUUGCACUGGCCCAUUUUGCUGCCAUACCACACUGCUGGCUCAUGUUUUGCUUAUCCAUUAAAACCCUGGAUGCCUUUUCCUAGGUUCUGCUGUCAAGCCAAGUUGUCACCCUUCCUGUAUUUUGUCCCUGUGAGUCUGCCUACGUAAGUGCAUUGAUCUCUGUUGAAAUUCAUGUUGUUAGUUCUGGCCCAGUUCCCCGUCCUGCCAAGGUCACACUGGAUCCUGCUUCCGUCUUCCAACCUGGGCAACUCCCUCUCCAUAUGUCUGGGUAACUCAGCCUGUUCACACCUAUUGUCCUGCACGCAGAUAGCAGCUGCUGCCUCAGCUCCGCAAAGCAAGAUGUCCUCGGUCUGCUGCAGAAGUGGGAGGAGGCGUCAUCCUGCAGCACAAGCAAUCCACACGGUCUUCACAAGCUUCCAAGGAGCUGCAAAGAAAUCAAGAGCUCCUCGCCAGGGUGCACAGGUGAGGAAAUAAGCAGCUGUUCCAUGGACUACAACUCCCAUCAUCCCUAGCUAACAAAGACCUGUGGUCAGGGAUGAUGGGAAUUGUAGUCCGUAAACAGACCCAAGUUUGGGUAACACUGAUCUAAAGGUAGCCAAGUCUUCUUAAGACCACCCAAUUGCUUGAUCCUGUAUUGAUCCUGAAGGAGUUAAGACAGUUAUGAUUAAAUGGGCGCACGAUUUUGGUCACAAUAUUGAAUUAGAGAUGUGGGAAAGAUUAUGGACAAAAACAAUUAAAUUCACUGCAUGUACGGCAUUAAAAGAAAAUUUAAUGAAGAUGAUGUAUAGGUGGUAUUUGACGCCGACUAGCUAAAAUGUAUAGAAUUUAAGAUAAGGUAUGUUGGAAAUGUAAGGAGAAGGAAGGGAAUUUCUUUCAUAUGUGGUGGAUGUGUCCUAAGAUUAAAGCCUACUGGGGUAUGAUAUAUAAUGAACUGAAAAAGAUUUUCAAAAAUACCUUUAGUAAAAAACCAGAGGCUUUCUUAUUAGGGAUAAUAGGUGAAGAAAUUCCCAAAAAAGACGUAAAUAUAUUUAUGUAUGCUACCACGGCAGCAAGGAUACUUUUAGCCCAGAAAUGGAAGCAGCAAGAACUUCCAACGUUGGAAGAAUGGCAGACAAAGAUGAUUGAAUAGGUUAAGCUGGCAAGACUGACGGGGAAAAUCCGAAACCAGUGCAACUGUUUGAAAAGGACUGGAAUAAAUUUGUACAAUAUAUGAAGAAACAUUGCAAACAUUUGAAAACAUUUGCAGGAUUGAUUUAAAAUAUUUUGUAAGGUUAUGAUUUGAUACCUGUUUAUAAAUAUUAGAAGUAAGUCUUUUAAGUAUGGAGAUAAGGUAAAUAGGGUGAUGAUUUAGAAAUGCGAAGAUAAAACUGAUUACAUAUGGAAGUCAGGGAAGGGGAGGGGAGGAAGUCAAAGCUCAAUUUGAGCAAAGAUAUAUGUGAUGAAGAAAUUUUAUUUGGUUGUUAUAAAGGAAAAAAGAAAAUUUAAUAAACAUUAUAUUAAGGGGCGGGGGAAAGGUCCUGUCUUGAUCCUGUCUUUUGAGCAGAUGGGUUGUAUUUCCUGGCCACGGAAGACGGAGAGAUCUACCAGACCUUCUGUGACAUGACCACCAACGGAGGAGGCUGGACUCUGGUGGCCAGCGUUCACGAAAACAACAUGUAUGGGAAAUGCACCAUGGGGGACCGCUGGUCCAGCCAGCAAGGCAGUGACGCCAACUACGCUACAGGAGAUGGAAACUGGUCGAACAACUCCACCUUUGGGUCAGCUAUAGCCUCAACCAGUGAUGACUACAAGGUGAGACUGUCUUUGUAGUGGCGCAAUAGGUGAACGAUACCCUUUGUCUGCCUAUUCAGAAGUCCACUGCUACUGAGUUCAGCAGAGCUUGGCCCCAGCAGUAAUGUAAAACUUGCGAAAGGUUAAAAUAACAAGAGAUGGAAACAAAUUAAAAUCCGCGUCAACUUUCUAAACAUCUGGGGAGGGUUGUCUAAACUGGAGGCUCCGAGGAAAGGUACGAUGACAGCACCGGCUGAUAUCAAGAGGCAGGGAGUUCCAAAGUUUCGCCAUGUUAAAUGACUGAGUUCUUACAAAUGUGGGUCUUAUGUGGCCCCUGUGUGAGAAUGGCAAUUCUGCCAAUUGAAGGUACAUCGGGAAAUGUUUCAAAGACAUCCCCCUAAAAGGCAAAAACAGGGACAAAAAUAGACUGCCUGUACAGGCCACAAAUAUACCAUAUUUUUCGCUCUAUAGGACGCACCGGCCCAUAGAACACACCUUGUUUUAGAGGGGGAGAACAAGAAAAAAAAUUCUCCCCCUCUCUGCUCAGCGCCCCUUCAGCGAAGCGGCAGGAGAAACGGAGCCCCUUCCAUUUCUCCUCCCACUUCGCUGAAGGGGCGCUGCGCAGCUCUCCCUCUCUGCUGAAGCCAGGAGAGUCUUGCUCUCCUGGCUUCAGCGAAAGAAACCUGAAGCCUGCAGAGCACAGCGGGAACUCGCGCUGCGCUCCGAAGUCUUCAGGCGGCUAUCCCUGAAGCCUGGAGAGCGAGAGGGGGUGGUGCGCACCUACCCCUCUCGCUCUCCAGGCUUCAGCGAAAGCAACGCAAAGCCUCCAGAGUGCGGAGGGAGCGCUCCCUCUGCGCUUCGGAGGCUUCGCGUUGCUAUCGCUGAAGCCAAGGAGCCUGCAUUAGCUCUAUAGGACACACACACAUUUCCCCUUAAUUUUUGGAGGGGGAAAAGUGCAUCCUAUAGAGCGAAAAAUACGGUAAUCAGUGGAACUUGCAAGGGGGGGAAAUACAGAGGAAAAGGCUCUUUCUCGACAGUGUCUCCUGUUACUGUAAAAGACACACACACACCCCAAUUUAAAAACCAAACCCUCCUCCCCCUCUAACACCCCUGAUUCUCUUUCUUUCCAGAAUCCUGGCUAUUAUGACCUUGAAGCAGCAGACAUGGCCAUAUGGCACGUCCCCAACAACACCCCCAUGAAGAAAUGGCGCGAGUCUUCGCUCCUGAGAUACCGCACCGAAACCGGGUUCUUGUCUGAGCUUGGAGGGAACCUUCUCAGGCUCUACCAGGUAAGCAAGUCAUGACUCAGGAUUUCUGCCGGCUGACUCGGCAUUUGGGAUUUGGGUGGUUGAGCGGGGCAGGAGACCUCCCCCCCUUUUUUUUAGUAAUCGGGACCCAGGAAGCUCCCUCAAAACCGUCUACACUGACCGACAGCAAUGGCUCUCCAGGAUUUUAGACAGGAGUGUCCCUCUAACCUCACCUGGGGAGGCCACCAGCCGGGAUUGAACCUGGGACCUUCUGCUUUCAAGGCAGACCCUCUGCCACUGAGCUACAAGGGCCCUUCCCCAGGCCUCCAGGUUUCCCUAGGAAAGCCCUGCUGUGGCGGAGACCCCAGAUUAGGGCCCCAUCUGGGCCUGGGGCCUCCAGCAAGCUCACAAGCAGGGCAGGAAGGCACCCCUUGGUCACAUAUUGGGGUCUCACGGACCCUCCAAGUGCCCCCAUUUUCAAGGGACAGUCCCAGAUUUACAGAAGCCAUCCCAGUUUCUGAUUUGGUCCUGGAAUGUUCUCGCUUUUACUUAGGUAAAGGGACCCCUGACCAUUAGGUCCAGUCAUGACCGACUCUGGGGUUGCGGCGCUCAUCUCGCUUUAUUGGCCAAGGGAGCCGGUGAACAGCUUCCGGGUCAUGUGGCCAGCAUGACUAAGCCGCUUCUGGCGAACCAGAGCAGCGCACGGAAACGCUGUUUACCUUCCCACCGGAGCGGUACCUAUUUCUCUACUUGCGCUUUGACGUGCUUUUGAACUGCUAGGUUGGCAGGAGCAGGGAGCAACAGGAGCUCACCCCAUUGCAGGGAUUUGAACCGCCGACCUUCUGAUCGGCAAGUCCUAGGCUCUGUGGUUUAACCCACAGCGCCACCCGCGUCCCAUCGCUUUUGCUUAGGACGUCCCUGUUUUCAUCAGAGAAACAUUGGAGGAUAUGGAAUAGGGUGUCCCUAAUUUCAUCCAAGUCUGGGAUGAGGCUGGGUGGGAGAUUUGGGGGGUCUCUCUGAGGCAGAGGAGACAGAAAAUGUGGGAGCAGCUCCACCCUAGAAGGGGCCCAAUUCACCUGCUGUCUUUUUGUACUGGGGCUCCCGUCCCCUUGGCCUGUGUCACGUUUCUGUGCUGAGAGUAAUUAGAUGUUCUGGAUCUCCUUUCCUCCCUUAUGGAUCUUUUCUGGCUGAGCAUGAGGAACGCCACAAGCCCAAAGCGAGCCUCAGAUCCCUUCCUGCUUCUCUUUUCAGAAAUACCCAGUGACCUAUGGGAUUGGCACCUGCCAGACCAACAACGGCCCAGCCGUCCCCGUCACCUACGAUGCAGGGAGUGCCCAGAAUACCUCAGACUACUAUUCUCCAAACGGGCGAAGUAAGUCUUGCUUCCUUUGACCAGACUAUGGCUGAGCAUAAAUAAGAAAUGGGGGGGGGGAGACAGAUGAGGGCUGUGGUGAGGUCUCUCCUCGACCUGCUGCUCAACUCACUCAGAUGCCUAACUUGACUGCCUGCCUAACUAUUUGCCAAGAUGCUUUGUUGCAAGGCCUGAGACACAUUUAUUGAAAAACUGGGUUUACUGAAGAACUGGGUUCCCUCGCAUGCUCACCUUACCUGGCUUAUUUUUUAAAAAAUACCGUAUUUUUCGCUCUAUAGGACACACUUUUUCCCCUCCAAAAAUGAAGGGGAAAUGUGUGUGCGUCCUAUGGAGCAAAUGCAGGCUGCGCACCCCGGGCUUCAGCAGCUAUCCGCAAGCCUUCGGAGCCCGGCGGGAGUUCCACGUCUAAAAACGAAGCCAAGACAGCGAGUGGGAUCCAUCCCGCUCACUGUCUUGGCUUCUGCCAAAGCCGCGCACAGCCUCUCCCGGAUGGAGAGGUUGCGUGCGGCUAAAGAGGAAGCCAAGACAGCCAGCGGGAUGGAUCCCGCUCGCUGUCUUGGCUUCUUUGCUCUUUGGGGCUGGGGGGAAAAAUAAUUCCCCCCCCUUUAUUUUCCCCCUCCCUAAAAUCUAGGUGCACCCUAUGGUCCAGUGCGCCCUAUAGAGCGAAAAAUACGGUAAAUAACAAAUUAUGUAUCUCUGCAACAAGGGUUUAGGAUGCGGCAGUGCGACUGAGGCUCAAGUUACGCAGUUAUGUGUGGCACGGAGAAAACAAAUAGAGAAGUUUUUCUCCCUCUCUUGUUUAACACUAGAACUCAUGCACAUCCCAUGAAGCUGAAUGUUGGAAGAUUCAGGACAGACCAAAAAACGAGGGCUUCUUCAGGAAGUGCAUAGAUAAAUUAUUAUAGAAUUUGCUCCAACUUGGAUGGCUUUAAAAGAGGAUUAGACAAAUUCAUUGGGGGUAUUGGUUUGUGGUUUUGUUGCUGUUUCUAUCAUGUGUUUUGUGCUUUCAUAUUGUAUUUUUAUGUUGUGAACCACUCUGAGUUCUGCUGAUGAAGGGCGGUACACAGAUUUUAAUAGUAGUAAUACUAGAUGGCUAUCCUCUGUCUCCAUGCUCAGAGGCAGUAAUGCUUCUAAAUAGCAGUUCUUGGAAACCACAGGAGGAGAGAGGGGCUCUUCUGCUCUGGUCCUGCUUUUGGACUUCCCAGAAGGGGCACCUGGUUGGGCCCUGUGAGAACAGGAUGCUGGGCCAUAGCUGUCAACUGUCCCUUAUUUGGCGGGAAACUCCCUUAUCCCAGCGCCGUGUCCCGCUGCUGUCCCUUAUUGAUGAUGUCCCUUAAAUUUCCCGGGUUUCAAAGGAAGCAGCUCAUCUCCCUCCCUCCCUGCUGGCCAGGGAAGAGGGGGACGCCAAGUGUGUUGCUUGGCUGCGUUGCUCACCCAAUAAGGAGUCGAAGAACGACUGGGGGGUGGAGCUUGCAUGCCUUGCGCUGAUCAAAUCGGCCGCGUUGCCUGGGGACUCGCCUUUGCUCAGCCCUUCCCAGCGGAGAGGCGACAGUGGUUUUCCUUGCUGCAUCCCCUUUGCCGGGUUGCUGCGAGGGGAACCACCGCUUGAGGCUUCGUUUGGCUGCUGGCUGGGCUUUCUACCUUUGGCUCGGAGGGGCUCAGAAGUUGAACAUACCUGUGCCCGGAAAAUCCCUUAUUUUGGCUGCUGGUCCCUUAUUUUCAAAUCUGUAAGUUGACAACUAUGUGCUGGGCUAGGUGGGCUCCUGGCUUGAUCCAGCUGGCUUUUCUGAUCUCGUUACGCCCAGCUGCUGGCCAAGGUUUUCCACCAGAGGGACUAAAGACACUUCUGCUAUUUCUCCUUUCUUUUUCUCAGCCGAAUUUGUCGCUGGCUUUGUGCAGUUCCGAGUGUUUAAUCACGAGAAAGCCGCCAUGGCUCUGUGCCCUGGUGUUAAAGUCACAGGAUGCAACACAGAACACGUGAGUCUCCUCACCAGCCUUGAAUCCACAGCAAGACGCCCUCUUGUCUCUUCUUGGCUUCUGCUAGUUUCCCCUCCCAACAGCCACUUUUAAAGGAUUUGAGUAGUCUCUGCAUGUCCUCCACUUUUAACUUAGGAUACUGAGGAUUUCCUGUAUCUCCUGAAGUUCCUUUUGCCAGCUGAGGCCCUCCUCUUCCACAAAACCCUCAACUCUUGCUUGCCUUCUGUUAUAAAACUGCUCCUUUUCCCUUAUGGGGUACCCAAGAGUCCAUAUAGAGUCCUUAUGUAGGUUCUCUAUCGGUAGGAGAAAAUAACAGAGGCCAACCAUAUUGAGAAGCAAAGCAGCUAGUAAGCCUGAUCUUUAUUAAACUGUUGCAACAGGGUGCUCCCCCCCACCCCCACAGGAGGGAGGAGGAACCCAGAACAAUGAUGUGCAAGCCCUUAUACAGUGGUACCUCAGGUUACAUACGCUUCAGGUUACAGACUCUGCUAACCCAGAAAUAGUGCUUCAGGUUAAGAACUUUGCUUCAGGAUAAGAACAGAAAUCAUGCUCCGGCGGCGUGGUGGCAGCGGGAUGCCCCAUUAGCUAAAGUGGUGCUUCAGGUUAAGAACAGUUUCAGGUUAAGAACGGACCUCCGGAACGAAUUAAGUACUUAACCCGAGGUACCACUAUAUAGACUUUUGAAAUUGCCACCCUGUAGAUCAAGACACGGGUGACGCUGUGGUCUAAACCACUGAGCCUAGGGCUUGCAGAUCGGAAGGUCGGCGGUUCGAAUCCCCACGACGGGGGUCCCAGCUCCUGCCAACCUAGCAGUUCAAAAGCACAUCGAAGUGCAAGUAGAUAAAUAGAUAAAUGUUGCAUUCCAAAAGCAAGGAAGGAUUGGACUCUGAUUAAUAAAACACACACAAGGCUUGCCCAGCAAGACUCUGGGAGGAAGUGCUAAUAAUAAUUUGUGCACCCCUUGGCCCAGGUCGUUUUAUUCACAAAAGAACUUUUUACACAGUGUUCGUAAGAACCAAUCAGAUUUCCUCUGAGCAUUUCAAAAACCCCACGUGGGACAAAGUCAGAUCAGAAGAAAUCCUUUUAACUACAAAGAAACUAUUUCCUACUUGAGCAUGCAUACGUGGUUAAGCUAAAUAAACAGGAACCAAGGAGGAAUGCAUUUAGUACCCCCCGGAGGUCAUAAACCCAUAGGAAAGAAAGACGCAUUUACCAUCUCCAUGUAAACUCUGUUCCUGGCUCUUAAGAUCUAUCUAAAGAUUAACAAAACUAACAAAAGCUACAUCAAAGCUACCUUCUACCUUUAUGGCUCAGGAUGCCUGGUGAACAACUGGCCUGUGUUUAGAAUGCUUUUACUUGCCUGUCAGGCGUAGAGAAAGAAAAUGGCAGAGGUGCAGAGGCUUGUGGGAUUCGAUCAGAAAUUACUGUCAAUGACUCAAACCCAGUCAAGCAAUGCUUUCAUUGCGACACAAUGGCUUGUUCCAUUUUUCAUAAUUCCUCAUAGCAAUCCCACCUGACCCCCACAUACUGCUCCGGCGGGAAGGUAAACAGUGUUUCCGUGCACUGCUCUGGUUCGCCAGAAGCAGCUUAGUCAUGCUGGCCACGUGACCUGGAAGCUGUCUGCAGACAAAUGCUGGCUCCCUCGGCCAGUAAAGCCAGAUGAGCGCUGCAACCCCAGAGUUGUUCGCGACUGGACUUAACUUCUCAGGGUCCUUUACCUUUUAGAUCAAGACCACCCCACAAUACAUCAUACAUACAUCACAGAAGGGGCAGUCUACAGCAGAAUCUUGCCAGGCAGAAAACUUGUUAAUGGGUUUACCUGGACAGCUUGGCCAUUCUUUUGUGAUGAUAUAUACUUACAGUAAUUCCUGAGUCCAGGUCACAGGCUCACCCUAUUCAUACCCAAAUGUGCCCUUAAGGCAGGAUUUGUGAGCACAGAGACAAUGGCGAGGCUUUUCCCAUUUCCAUCCAAACUGCGGAGGAAUAUUUGAGGUCACUGAAAGAGUCAAAAUGGCUUUCAGACAUGUGGUUUAAAUAUUUAUGUAUGUGUUUGCCUGGUAUAUUUAUGAACAUUUAUUUUAUAUCUUAGACCUUAUAAUUCUCACAACACCUUCCUUGUUAUAAACAAACUGGGGUGACCAAAGACUGGGCAGUCAGUGCAUUUAGUAAUGCAGCUCAAAAGUGCCACCACCUUGGGUGGUUUUUGCUGUUGCCAAAACUAUCCCAUUGCUGGCUGGCUAACAGUGGCCUGAUCACACUCUGAUCCCUAAGUCCAUCUCUCAGCAGAGUUCACAAGACUAGGUGUAUUUUGUAUGUGCCCCCUGAGUUUCUUUUUCUCCUUUGCUGCUGAGCUCUGCAAUCCAUCAAGCGCAUUUCAAACUGCGAUCCCAUCCUCUCCCGUAGGGCUUGCAUCCCCUCCCAAUUUGUCCUACCUCUCUGCCCUUGUUCUUUCUUCCCUUUCCUAGCAUUGCAUUGGGGGAGGAGGUUUCUUCCCAGAAGCCAGCCCUCGGCAGUGCGGCGACUUUGCCAGCUUCGACUGGAAUGGCUACGGGACUCACAAAGGCUGGAGCGCUUCCAAAGAGUUAACAGAGUCUUCCGUGCUGAUCUUUUACCACUGAUUCCAGCAGAGGCCAUUGCUGCAGAAACAGAUGCGUCAGAGCCACAACUCUGAAGACGAGAAACUUCUAUUUGGGGGGUGCGGUGGGGUUGGGGAACCUGGAGCCUUCUGGGGGCUGUUGACCAGCAUGGCCAGUGAUCAGGAAUGCUGGGAGUUGCUACAGUCCAACAACAGCCCCCCCCUUAAAAUAAUGUUUAUUCAUUUUCCAUAAAAAAACCAACCAAUUAUUAACAAAUCAAAUUCCCAACCUUGAAUACAGAAACCUCAAAGGCAAUAAAAUUGUAAAAGCACUGCAUUGAGAUAGUC